AUGCGCGCGGGGCCCGCGGCAAUUGAUGUGAUAAUUAAACAGGGCGACGGGCAGCAGGGUGGCGAGGGGGCCCCGGAGGAGGGGGCGGAGGAACCGGUGUCGGAUGAGAAGGGGAGCAGGGGCGAGGACGGCCGGCAGAAUGGUUUGGAGGACGAUUGGGAGAAGGAGGAGGAGGGGCAGGAGGAGGACGAGGAGGACGAGGAGGGGGAGGAGGAGGGCAGCGCUGACGGAGGCGAUGAUGUCAGCAAGCGUGGCGACUGCGAGGGCGCCCUCUUCACGCUUCCCAAGGCGCAGACCCUCGGAUUUGGCGUGGACAGGAGCCGCGGGUUGAAGCCCUUGCACAUGCCGGAGCCUCUGCUGCGCAGCUGGUUCCCAGGCGUGCCCCUCCCGCUCAACGUCAGCCUGCAGCUGGAGGUGGACGGGCGGCCCUGGGGGGAGAGGUUUGACAGCACCAUCAACCGUGGAUUUGGCUUUGGGAAGGGCGUGCGCACGCUGCGGGAGCUGGAGGGCUGGCGCCUGACUGCCAUCCGGCGCGCGGCCGGCCGCAACGCGCUCGACCUCAUCCUCACUGGCGGCGGCCAGCAGCAGCAGCAGCAGCAGCAGCAGCAGCAGCAGCAGCAGCAGCAGCAGCAGCAGCAGCAGCAGCAGCAGACGCUGCAGCAGCCGCGGCAGCAGCAGCAGCAGCAGCGGCAGCAGCAGCCGCGGCAGCAGCAGCGGCAGCGGCAACGCGUGGCGACGACGGCGCGGGCGCAGGCGCAGCCGGAUGCGGUUGUGGCGGGGGCGCAGGGCGAGGCAGCAGAUGCUGCGGCCCUGGUCGGCCUGUGUCUAGCUGAGGUGCCCCUGCCCGCGGCGCCCUCCCCGGGGUCCACUGCUGAGGUGACCGUGGCAGCCGAGGCUGCGCUACAGGACGCCGCAAAUUCAGCGUUCAGAGGGGCGCUGCGCGCAGCCGAGGCGCUGCGCCUGCCGCCCGAGCGCUUCGACGCGGUGUGCGGCGGCGUGAAGGCGGCAACGAAGGAGGCGGUUGCGUGCCGGCGGUUCCUGGGGAUGGAGUACCCGCGGCUGACGCACGCGUGCGCAGCGGGGGCGGUGGGUGUCGUGAGGGCCUGGAUGGACCGGAUCGCGCCGCGCGAUUGA